UUGUUGUUCUUGUAGCUGGUGCUAUGCUGCACCGCUGUAACUCUGCGUCGUGUGUGGUUGAUAGACUAUAAACGUGGACUUUGGAGAUCAGGUAGUUUUAAUCAAGCAGAACUGACUCUCUGCAUCCAAAAGGAAAUAAAACAUUUGUAGAGCACAUCUGUUCUGAGAAUCGUCGCCUCUUUCUACAACAGAUACACAAUAGGAGGGACUGGGAUCAUUCGAGGAGCUAGCCAUCGUUCACACAUAGAAUAGCCUGCUAAUACCUUAGCUAGCUAUUAACCACAUGUUGAAUUCAGAAUGUUGAUAUCACCAUAAAAAGUACAAUUACAAGUGCAUCUUAACAAUACAUUCCACUUAUGAGUAACCUCUAAAUAUACAUCAUUAUUCAUGAACAAAACACUGUGUGUAUGACUUUGUACUUAAAAGAAUCAAACUUUUCUGAAGACAGAAAAAGCGUGCCUACCUCUCUCAGUGCAUCAAAAUGACUUGAGCACGCCGGGCAAAACGCUGUGUGUUGCUGGGACUUGACAGGAGCUGAUCCUCCAGUGGCAGACAGAAUGAUGCUGCCCACUCCCUGUUACUCAACCACAGCUACUAACAGGCGUGACCCCCAGCUGAUCUGCUGCCAUAGAGAGUUCCAGAACACUCCAGAGGAGGACGACGAAACCUCUACCCCCUGCCCUGAUCUUCCCCCUGACCUCCACUCUGACCUCCGCCCCGACCUCCACCCCGACCUCCAACAUGACGAACCCAGCUCCAUGGCUGGCUCUGCCCUCAGCAGUCGGAGGGCGGGGCCCAGCUACACGCCGUAUCAGCCUCCUGUAGGCCUCCCAGUCGGGUACAGCCAGCCUACCCCGUUCCCCAGCCAGGCUGAUGGCUCCUGGCUUCACCCCAGCUACACCAGUGCCUGGUCUGGUCCUGGACCUGCUUACCCCAGCAGCCUGCCCUCCUGCCUCACCCCUCCGAACUACCCCAGCUACCCAGGGGAGAGCUGCCAGUCCCGGGGAAGGUCCCUGUCCCUCACCCCCCUGCCGGGCCGUGACAGCCCUAGUAUGACCAGCCUGGAGCAGCCCCACUCCCUUCACUCCAUCCCCCUCUCAGCGGGCUUCUACCACCACUCUCUGACUCCAUACACCUGCUGUGCCCAGUGCCCUGUGGAGGGCUUCAACAUGGGCCCCUACCACAGCCCCCGACCCAUCGCUGGUUACCGCCUACCCUCCAGGCCCAUGUAUAACUACAGACUGCCAGGUGCAGGCGACGUGCAAAGUGGCCACAUGAGUCCCCAUCCUAAACCCUGCAGUGCAUCGCUCUCUGUGGAACAACCCUGCAGUGCCCCGCUCUCUGUGGAACAAAGAAGGGUGUUUGUGACGUACGAAGCCGACAGCGAUAAACACGUCAAACAGAUCAUCAACUUUGUGGCGUUGCUGAGACACAAUGGCUUCGAUACACACAUCGAUAUGUUUGAGCAGCAGUUCCGGAGCAUCAGUAAGAUCGACUUCAUGGAGCGGUACCUCAGCGAGAAGGAAUACCUCAUUAUCAUCAUCAUCAGUCCAAAGUACCAUGAGACUGUGACCUCAUCACCGGUCAGCUUAGAGAACGACGAGAGGAUCCUCAACACAGUCUACAUACACAAACAGCUGCAGAAUGAGUUCAUUCAGAACGGCAGUAAGAACUUCCGGUUCAUCCCUAUCCUGUUCCCUGGGGCUAGAAAGUGUCACGUCCCUACGUGGCUCCAGAACACUCAUGUCUACAGCUGGCCUAGGGACAGAGAUGACGUCCUACGUCGCCUGAUGAGAAUAGAGAAAUACAACCCUCCUCCUAUUGGGAAGCUACCGACCAUCGUCUCUAUCCCCAUCUAACAGCACAGCGCCCCCGCUGGACUGGAGGACCGACAGACAAUUUAAACCAUAAGGCUUCAACCAUACAAAUACCCAUAAAUAUGGAUUAAAUCAUAGUGUCUGUUUUUGUCUGUCGUAAAUUAAACUCAAGUCAACUAUUUUCGGACAAGUUGCAUCCAUAAAAAGACAGACAAGUUGUGGAUGUUCUUUGAGACUAUCUCUGUGGUCCUUCAGUCAAUCUGUCAUUUUCAGACACAAAAUCUCUGUUUGGCAGUGACCUAACAGUCAGAAUGGACCUCUGCUCUGAAGACAUCCUCACCCUCCAGAUUAGAACCUGUUGCUGAUCUGGGACCAGUGAAAUACUUUACCUGGAUCUUUAUAGGAUUCAACCGGAGACAGAUCUUCUAUGAUUUGUUGUAAACAACUGUUUUAUCUGCUAUGAUCUGUUAACAACUGUUUUAUCUGCUGUGUUGAUCUACAGUCCUAGAAUACACAGAAGGACUGAACAUAUGAGGCACAGACCUCAAUCGUCUCUGCUUCAGUCACGGCAGCUUGUGACUGUCUCUGCCUUUUCAGCUGGAUGUGUUUUACCUGUUCUGUGAACUGACUGUUGUCCUGGAACACUGUGUGAUAACUUACAGUUGAAGUCGGAGGUUUCCAUACACCUUAGCCAAAUACAUUUAUACUCAUUUACUACAUUUAUACAGCCAUAUAUAGUGGUUUUUCACAAUUCCUGACAUUAAAUCCUCAUAAAUAUUCCCUGUCUUAGGUCAGUUAGGAUCACCACUUUAUUUUAAGAAUGUGAAAUGUCAGAAUAAUAGUAGAGAGAAUUAUUGAUUUCAGCUUUAAUUUAUUUGAUCACUUUCCCAGUGGGUCAGAAGAUUACAUACACUCGAUUAGUAUCUGGUAGCUAUGCCUUUAAAUUGUUUAACUUGGGUCAAAUGUUUUGGGUAGCCUUCCACAAGCUUCCCACAAUAAGUUGGGUGAAUGUUGGCCCAUUCCUCCUGACAGAGCUGGUGUAGCUGAAUCAGGUUUGUAGGCCUCCUUACUCGCACACGCUUUUUCAGUUCUGCCCACAGAUUUUCUAUAGGAUUGAGGUCAGGGCUUUGUGAAGGCCCCUCCAAUACCUUGACUCUGUUGUCCUUAAGCCAUUUUCCCACAGCUUUGGAAGUAUGCUUGGGGUCAUUGUCCAUUUGGAAGACCCAUUUGCGACCAAGCUUUAAUUGAUGUCUUGAGAUGUUGCUUCAAUAUAUCCACAUAAUUUUCCAUCCUCAUGUUGCCAUCUAUUUUGUGAAGUGCACCAGUCCCUCCUGCAGCAAAGCACCCCCGCAACAUAAUGCUGCCGCCCCUGUGCUUCACGGAUGGGAUGGUGUUCUUCGGCUUGCAAGCCUCCCCCUUUUUCCUCCAAACAUAACAAUGGUCAUUAUGGCCUAACAGUUCUAUUUUUGUUUCAUCAGACCAGAGGACAUUUCUCCAAAAAGUAUGAUCUUUGUCCCCAUGUGCAGUUGCCAAACCGUAGUCUGGCUUUUUUAUGGCGGUUUUGGAGCAGUAGCUUCUUCCUUGCUGAGCGGCCUUUCAGGUUAUGUCGAUAUAGAACUUGUUUUACUGUGGAUAUAGAUACUUUUGUACCUGUUUCCUCCAGCAUCUUCACAAGGUCCUUUGCUGUUGUUCUGGGAUUGAUUUGCACUUUUUGCACCAAAGUACGUUCAUCUCUAGGAGACAGAACGAUGAAGGCUGCGUGGUCCCAUGGUGUUUAUACUUGCGUACUAUUGCUUGUACAGAUGAACGUGGUACCUUCAGGCGUUUGGAAAUUGCUCCCAAGGAUGAACCAGACUUGUGGAGGUCUACAAUUUUUUUUUUUAUGAGGUCUUUUGAUUUUCACAUGAUGUCAAGCAUAGAGUCACUGAGUUUGAAGGUAUGCCUUGAAAUACAUCCACAGGUACACCUCCAAUUGACUCAAAUUAUGUCAAUUAGCCUAUCAGAAGCUUCUAAAGCCAUUAAAUAAUUUUCUUGAAUUUUCCAAGAUGUUUAAAGGCACAGUCAACCUAAGUGUAUGUAAACUUCCAACUUCAACUGUAUGUCUGUCCCUAGCAGCACUGAACACAAACAAAGAGCCUUGUGACAUGUUUAUACCUCUGUAUAAGUAUUGCCUGAGGAGGACAGACAAGCUAAUUAGUCCCAAAUGGCACCCUAUUCCCUAUAUAGUGGGGCCCUGAUCCCUACAUUACCUAUGGGCCCUGAUCCCUACGUCCCCUAUGGGCCCUGUUCCCUAUGGGCUCUGAUCCCUAUAUUCCCUAUGGGCUCUGAUCCCUAUAUUCCCUAUGGGCCCUGAUCCCUAUGUUCCCUAUGGGCCCUGAUCCCUAUGUUCCCUAUGGGCUUUGAUCCCUAUAUUCCCUAUGGGCCCUCUUCCCUAUAUUCCCUAUGGGCCCUGUUCCCUAUGGGCCCUGAUCCCUAUAUUCCCUAUGGGCCCUGAUCCCUAUUUUCCCUAUGGGCCCUGAUCCCUAUUUUCCUUAUGGGCCCUGAUCCCUAUGUUCCCUAUGGGCCCUGAUCCCUAUGUUCCCUAUGGGCCCUGUUCCCUAUAUUCCAUAUGGGCCCUGAUCCCUAUGUUCCAUAUGGGCCCUGAUCCCUAUGUUCCCUAUGGGCCCUGGUCAACAGUAGUGCACUAUAUGGUGAAUAGGGUGCCAUUUGGGAUGCAUAUUGUUACUGUUUAUCAUGAUGAGAGGACAUAUGCCAGAGGCUUCUUCCCUCCAUGAUUCUAAAGCAGGGUUCCCCAACUGGCGCCCCGCGGGUCAUUUUAUUUGGGUCCUACUGUAGUGCUCUAUAAACAGAUUAGGGUGCCAUUUGGGACGUAGCCCGCGUUAUACUGUACUCACCUGUACUGUGUGUUAAACAAGUUCAGGUGUAUAUUGAACUGUGUGAUGACAGACUGAACCAGAACAUCCAACCUCACAUGACUGACACUCCAAAGUUACCUUCCCUUCAAUGAAGUGUUCCAGUUUCAAAAGAAGCGCCUCUUAACUGUACUGUAGGUACAAAUUGUAGCAACCUUAAUGCCUUUCCCCAUGUUGUCUUUCAGGACUGCGCUGCACGUGUGUGAUCCAACCAUGGAAAUAAAAACAAAACAAACACACAUUUUAAUUGUGUUAAUGUUACAUUUACAUUUUAUGUUUGCCCACUCUCUUUCCUUGUAAUUAAUAAUUGUGAAUAUGUCAACGAUGCAGUCGCAUUGGGGAAUUUGGAAAAUGUUUAUGAUGGAUUGUACUGUACGUCAGUGUCAUCACUGACAUAUAAUUAUUCAUUCAUGUGACUGUCAUCAAAAUAAAAUACAAUAACAUACGAUGAUGACCGACAGUAAACAGAAUGUUUGUAAUAUCAGCUACUUAGUGGUCAGAACUGUCAGCAUAAGCUUUAAUAAAAUUAUACUUCCUACAA